CACGUGCGGCCUCGGCGCGGGGGCCGAAGGCCCCAGAGCAGGCGGGCUGGAGAGUCGCGCCCCUGGGGUUCCUGCCCCGCGGGGCUCCAGCGCUCACCGCCGCCGUCACCGCUCACUCCCACCCAGGCCCCCACGGCCCCACUCACCUCACCUUGCUCGGGGCAGGGGGUCCGAGGGCUCCGGAGCAGGAGGAAACUAGAAGCCUGCUUUGUGCUGGCUGGGAUCCCAGCGGGCCCAGGGCUCCUGCGUGGGGAGGCUCAUUCUCAGCAAACGAACACUCCUAUCCUGAGGCGUCUUUCCUCCUGGCAUAUCCCUGCCUGGAGCCUUGAAGGAGGACCCUCCUGGACCCGGGAGCGGACGCUGGUUGCGGUGAAGCCAGACGGAGUACAGCGGCGGCUAGUCGGGGACGUGAUCCAGCGCUUUGAGAGGAGGGGCUUCAAGCUGGUGGGGAUGAAGAUGCUGCAGGCCCCAGAGAGGAUCCUUGCUGAGCACUACCAUGAUCUGCAGAGGAAGCCCUUCUACCCAGCCCUCAUCAGCUACAUGAGCUCCGGCCCCGUGGUGGCCAUGGUCUGGGAAGGCCCCAAUGUGGUCUGCACCUCGAGGGCCAUGAUAGGCCACACCAACUCCGCCAAGGCUGCCCCUGGCACCAUCCGGGGAGACUUCAGCACCCACGUCAGCAGGAAUGUCAUCCAUGCCAGCGACUCCGUGGAGAGGGCCCAGAGAGAGAUCCAGCUGUGGUUCCAGAGCAGUGAGCUGGUGGACUGGGCAGAUGAAGGCCACCUCAGCAGCAUCUAUGCAGCCUGAGCACGCAGGCGCCUGCGGUCACCCCGGCAUCCACUCAGGACCAGCUACCUCUGUCAACAAGAACUUGAGCUCACACCCACGCUCUGCCCAUCUGUCCCAGACCACCUCCCUGUCCACCUUCUGCCCCACUCCAGCCCCAGAAUGGGUUGAGCCACAAACUUUAUGUGCCUUUUAUUAAGCCAGCAAGGGACUGGACCAAGUCCUUUCUGAACCAAAGUGCCAGACAAGCUUUGGGGUCCAAAAGCUGGUAGUGUGACCGUCCUUUCCCCAAAGUGGGGACAUUAAAAUUCACUGUGCUGUGUG